UGCACAGCUGGAUUGUAGCGCGAUUGGUGGCGGCGCCGAGUUUGUUGGCAGCACAGUACUUAAGGGCCACGACCGCUUUGAUCGCGUGUCCCGGGUCAUGCCUGUAGCACAUCCCUUUUUCUCGCGCGACAACGUCAUGGCCACGUUUGACACAAGCAGUGGCAAGCUGCGCAUCUGGGGCAUUCGCACAGAUCCCAAGUUUGUCUGGUUCUGCUCCAAGGAGCACCGGCUGCCAUGCAUGAAUGUCGAGAUGAUCCGAUACAACUCUAUAGACAAGGCGGCAAUCGUGUCUACUGAGGGCGAUGGCUCGCAGGUGAUCACGAUUUGGAUAUUCUCAUCGGCAUCGCGCGCGUCGCACUACCUGCCCGCCGGUACCAUUCACCCGCGCAGGAAAGCGGACCGCGUGCGUGAGAUUCGCUGGCACCUGACUGACUACGCGCAGACGUACCUGGGCAUUCAGUGGGACGACCGUAUCGAUAUUUUCUGCCAGGAGCGCAAUAUUGACGACGCGUGGCUGUGUGUAUACACCAUCGCGACCGGCGACUUUGGCCCUGGAAAGACUAUCGGCUCGUUUUCGUUUACCGCCUCGGGCGAGCCGAUUUUUUCGAUUGAUCGCAAGCUGAUCGUAUGCACGCAGGCGAUGCCCGAUGGUCGCACGCUGGAAAACGCGGCGUAUGAGGAGCAUGGCCAGCUGCCGCUGAUACACCCGUAUGUGCUCACGAGCUCAUGUCCUGGGGCCGCGUGGAUGUGGCCAGGCGGCUGUUGGCGCAGCUCUACGAUUACAUGCGCGAAAAGGACAUUGACAGUUCGCGGAAAGUACCUCUGCCGACGGUCUCUCUGCGCAAUCUGCUGUCGUCGAGUAGCGCUGGCAGCGAGCAAACUCAACCUUUGGGACUGGGCCCUGGAAACAACAGUCGUGCUCGCAACGCUGGCUUAAGUAUUUGGAAUUGUUUGGCUCCGCCGAUGGAGACGUCGACGACGAUGGCGAAGCAAUGGGCUCAUCGCUGCCGGACUUUGGGCGACUGACGCAAGACAAGGCCGAAUAUAUCCUUGAAAAGCUCACUGAAAUCAAGAUUGAUGGCAUUUCACCGAUUGACCAAGCGCGCCUCAUGUCCAUUGUCGGCACGAUAUCUGCAAGCCUGACAAGGACCAGCCGAUCGAUAGCAUGGGCAUCCGCUACUUGGUCAAGUUGCAGCUGC